ACCCCACCCAUCCUCUCCUUUUCCUCUCUACCAUGUAUGGCCGGGUACAACGAGCUAGCACACCCAUACAUACUACGUAACAAGUAAUCGUAAGCAGCACAGUACAUUUGGCUCACAACCACAGAGGCCUCUUGUUCUGUGCAUCAGUUAGUGGAAUUUACCUAAUCCCAAGUCGAUAUUACCAGUACACCACCUUUUUGUUCACCAAGCGCACUGCGUAGUACAUUAUCAGAACAAAAGCUGUUGCCUUUUUUUUACUUUUCCACUCCUUGUUUCUUAAAAAGGUUCUCUUGAGUUUUGUUGGGGAGGUGAUGAACAGGGCGUUACCGGAGAUGUUGCACUGUCUAAGCGGGCCGGGGAACGGUACGGACAUUACGGUGCUGGAGAGGCAGAGGACUCGCGUGAAGUGGCAGCACCAAGAACAACAGAACUAUUUUGGUGUGUUUUUGGAGCCAAGUCAGGCGGGUCAAGUUGGGAAUUUUCAGGAUUUGGUGGGGGAUGGCCGCUGCGGUUCGGUGCUCCGUCAUGUGGUGACCCACUCAGUGAAGCCAGACCCAGGUUUGGAAAAUGGGUGGCCUGAGUUAGGCAGGUAUGAGUUGCCGGACCUGGGGUUUGGGUCUGCUGUGUUGAUGAAUGGGAGUGCUGCAGGUUUUGAAAUGAACUCUACCAUUACAAGGACUUCUAGCUGCCCACACACGGAGGCCCAAGUGGCGCCCGAAGCUAAAGGCAAAGUGUCAGAGCCGGCGGAGAAGAUGAGUUCUACGGUCGGGAGGGAGAGCUACAAGAAGAGGAAGGCUGAUAAGGUGCAGAACACCAAGGUUGUUGCGGAAGACGACGCCAAAGACAAGAGGAGCAAAGUAUGUGCAGAAGAGGGGGAAUCAAAGAUCACCACAGAACAAACCAGGACCAAAAACACCACCACUCACCCGAAUAACAGGGAGACUUCUGCGGAUACUUCAAGGGAGAAUUCAAAAGCUUCCGAAGUUCAAAAGCCCGACUAUAUUCAUGUCCGGGCACGUCGUGGUCAGGCCACAGACAGCCACAGCCUAGCUGAGAGAGUGAGAAGGGAGAAGAUCAGUGAGAGAAUGAAGUAUCUACAAGAUUUAGUACCAGGGUGCAACAAAGUCACAGGGAAAGCUGGAAUGCUUGAUGAAAUCAUCAAUUAUGUCCAAUCCCUUCAACGACAAGUAGAGUUUCUGUCCAUGAAACUAGCUACUGUGAACCCGAGGCUUGACUUCAACAUUGAGGACUUGUUCGCAAAAGAGAUCUUUCCUGCUUGCUCAGCCAAUUUCCCAACAAUUGGAAGUUCAUCCGAGAUGACUAAUCCUGCCUAUCUUCAGAUCAACCCAGCACAACAAAUGGUUGCAUGUUGUGGGUUGGAGAUGGGGGUGAAUACACCUGAUCUCAUGGCACUUCGACGAACCAUCAGUGCACCUGUAUCGCUCCCUGAAACUUAUUUCGACGCAUCCUGCUUCACUCAACUCCAGCCUCCUUCAACUUGGGAUGCUGAUUUACAAAACCUUUUCAAUCUGGAUUCCAAUCAAGGAAGAUCGAUUUCCUUCCCAUCCCAACCAUUUACAGGUUCCAUCGAGGCCAGCAAUUUGAAGAUGGAGACCUGAAUAAAAAGUAUCCAUCAUACAAUUUCUUGGCCGAGUUCACUCAAUGAAGGCUCUGUUCCAUAUUCUUUUUUGAUUUUUAAUGUUAAAAUACGUAACGUAUAUAGUUGUAUUUCUACUUGCCUUAUAGUAUGAAUAAGAUCAAUGCCUACUUGUCAACAA